ACUUCACUGAUCAAGUUAUUUCGGUCAAAGCAGUAAGGUUAGCCAACAGUUAGAUCGGUCACUGUUACAUUGUACUCUCUUUAAAACAUAGAAAAAAAGAAAUAAAUAAAACCCUUUAAACCCUGGAGACUAAACCGUAAUAAUCUCGCGAGACUACACGAGGGAUAAGUUGAGGAAACAUGGCGACGUCUAAUUUGCUAAAGAACAAAGGGUCCCUGCAGUUUGAGGACAAAUGGGAUUUGAUGCGCCCCGUUGUGCUGAAGUUGCUUCGCCAGGAGUCCGUCACCAAACAGCAGUGGUUCGAUCUGUUCUCAGAUGUUCAUGCAGUUUGUCUUUGGGAUGACAAAGGCCCUGCUAAAAUCCACCAGGCCCUGAAAGAAGACAUCUUAGAUUUUAUCAAGCAAGCGCAGGCGCGAGUGCUGAGUCACCAGGAUGACACCGCUCUACUUAAGGCCUAUAUCGUGGAGUGGAGGAAGUUCUUCACCCAGUGCGACAUCUUGCCCAAGCCCUUCUGCCAGCUGGAGAUCACCCUCAUGGGCAAACAGGGCAGCAACAAGAAGUCCAACAUGGAGGACAGCAUCGUGAGGAAGCUCAUGCUGGACACGUGGAACGAGUCGAUAUUCUCCAACAUCAAGAAUCGCCUGCAGGACAGCGCCAUGAAGCUUGUGCACGCCGAGCGCCUCGGGGAGGCCUUCGACUCGCAGCUCGUCAUCGGGGUCCGCGAGUCUUAUGUGAAUCUGUGCUCUAACCCAGAUGACAAACUGCAGAUCUACAGAGAUAACUUUGAGAAGGCAUACCUGGACUCCACUGAGAGGUUUUACAGAACUCAAGCACCUUCGUACCUACAGCAGAACGGAGUGCAGAACUACAUGAAAUAUGCAGACGCCAAGUUAAGAGAAGAAGAGAAACGAGCACUCCGUUAUUUAGAGACUAGACGUGAAUGUAACUCUGUUCAAGCCCUUAUGGAAUGUUGUGUAAACGCUCUGGUGACGUCUUUCAAAGAGACCAUCUUGGCUGAAUGUCCGGGCAUGAUCAAGCGUAACGAGACUGAGAAGCUCCAUCUCAUGUUCUCCCUCAUGGACAAGGUCCCAAAUGGCAUCGACCCCAUGCUGAAGGACCUGGAGGAGCACAUAUUAAACGCUGGGCUGGCAGACAUGGUGGCUGCCGCAGAGACCAUUACUACUGACUCGGAGAAGUACGUGGAGCAGCUUCUGACGCUGUUCAACCGCUUCAGUAAGCUGGUGAAAGAGGCCUUUCAGGACGACCCGCGCUUCUUGACCGCCAGAGACAAAGCCUACAAAACAGUUGUGAAUGACGCAACGAUAUUUAAACUUGAGCUUCCGCUGAAACAGAAAGGGGUGGGACUGAAAACACAGCCGGAGUCCAAGUGUCCUGAGCUGCUGGCCAACUACUGUGACAUGCUCCUGAGGAAAACGCCGCUGAGUAAAAAGCUCACAUCGGAAGAAAUCGAGCUGAAGCUGAAAGAAGUGUUACUGGUGCUGAAAUAUGUGCAGAAUAAGGACGUCUUCAUGCGAUACCACAAAGCGCAUUUGACUCGUCGUUUGAUCUUGGACAUUUCAGCUGACAGUGAGAUUGAGGAGAACAUGGUGGAGUGGCUCAGGGAAGUGGGCAUGCCUGCUGACUAUGUGAACAAGCUGGCCAGGAUGUUUCAGGACAUCAAGGUAUCAGAAGAUCUCAACCAGGUCUUCAAGGAAAUGCAUAAACACAACAAGUUGGCCUUACCAGCUGACUCGGUCAACAUCAAGAUCCUCAACGCAGGUGCCUGGUCUCGCAGCUCUGAGAAGGUUUUUGUGUCCCUGCCCACGGAGCUGGAGGACCUCAUCCCUGAGGUUGAAGAGUUCUACAAGAAGAACCACAGUGGCAGGAAGCUGCACUGGCACCACCUCAUGUCCAAUGGCAUUAUCACAUUCAAGAAUGAAGUGGGACAGUAUGAUCUGGAGGUCACAACCUUCCAGCUGGCCGUCCUGUUUGCCUGGAACCAAAGACCCAGAGAAAAGAUCAGCUUUGAGAAUUUAAAACUGGCCACAGAGCUACCGGACGCAGAGCUGCGACGGACACUCUGGUCUCUUGUGGCGUUCCCGAAGCUCAAACGUCAGGUGCUGUCAUACGAACCUCAAGUCAGCUCUCCCAAAGACUUCACUGAUGGCACACUCUUCUACGUCAACCAGGAGUUCUCUUUGAUAAAAAAUUCCAAAGUCCAGAAGAGGGGGAAGAUUAAUCUGAUUGGUCGAUUGCAGCUGACUACGGAGCGAAUGAGGGAAGAGGAGAACGAGGGUAUCGUUCAACUUAGAAUAUUAAGAACACAGGAGGCCAUCAUUCAAAUCAUGAAAAUGCGCAAAAAGAUCACCAAUGCCCAACUCCAGACCGAACUGGUGGAGAUCCUGAAAAACAUGUUUUUACCACAGAAGAAAAUGAUCAAGGAACAGAUCGAGUGGCUGAUUGAGCACAAGUACAUCAAGAGAGACGAGACGGACAUUAACACCUUCAUCUACAUGGCAUAGCACAAAGGGGGCCAUAGCCAUAAUAAUUAUAAUAUGAUGAUGAUGAUGAUGCAGGUGAGGAAAACACUGAAGACUGUGCCUGGAGGAUGCUGUGUCUGCCGGAGGCUCCAAUAUCAAACGGCCUUGCGUGUGGCGAUGAACUGGAUUUGCGACUGACAGCUACAGUUCAGUUACAAAAAUAUAAAAAUCCUGCCUUACCUUUCAAAAAAUGGAAAAGAAAUGAAAAGGGGUGGGCGGGGGGGGAGGGGAUGGACUGUAUUUUGCCAGUUUUAGUCAGUAUGCAUGGUGCCGUUUGCCUUCGUGAUUCAACAUCUCCAGCAGCAUGCUAGUCUGUGGUAAUCUUGCAUUCAUCAGAGAGUCUGUCCUGUGUGCUGUGUUUAAUGUUUUCCCUGCGUGUCUCCCCCCCCCCCCCCCCCCCCCCCCACACCUUCGGCCACCCGGAGUACAGAUGGGCUCCACCUUGUUGCAUAUAGGCCACGCCCCUCUGCACACAGGCAUUUCCAACUCCCAUCACCACUUUACUCGGGGAACUUGAUGCCUGUCUGCUGUUGUUUUGUACAUCUGUGACUCUAACUAGAGCAUUAGCACUUUCAUAUUACUUCUGGGUCUGUCUACAUAGCUUUACAAGUGCCAUCUUCUGUUUGAUUUCUUUAUUUGUUUUUGUUUUUUGUGUGUGAUUUUCCUAGGCAUUUUUGUUUGAAUUUGCACAACACCAGCAGCAGAAUACAUCAUAUUACUGCAGUGGUGAAGACAUUUUAUUAAAUGCUCUACUUGGAGCAUGCUGCAGGGGAUAUCCCCCAGUAACAUCACUGGGAAAUGCUUUCUGUAAUCAGAACAUUUCUCUCAGCUGUCCAUACUCGCUGCCCUUCAGAGGAACAUUUCAGAGGUGUCUUCCAGGGAGACUUCUCCUGAUUCAGCACGGGUUUGCAAUGGAAAAUACUCAAGGUGUAAACUGCAUAACCAGCUCAUGUGUUCAUCUAAACUGAGGCCUCUGGCGCAUUUAGUUAAAUAUGUACAGUUUGGGCUCCUUGUGUACCUGAAGCAGAAUCAUGUUUUCACAGUUUGGGGAAGAGAGAGAGUUCAAGGAUUGAUGGUGGAUUAUUAGAUUCCACCGGGAAGCCAUGUUGAAAUGGCAACAAUUAUUGAACCGUUGGUUUACUGGUGACGUGAAGCACACUGAGAAAGAAUUCUUGAAUUCUUUGCUCUCGGUGUUUCGAUCAAGUGCAAUAAUUUGGAGGCUGCAGGCAAGAGGACGUUUUGUGCGAUGAGUGCUGUUAGAAUGUUGGUGAAAUGUUUUUGUAAGUCUGUUGUUGAUGGCACUUGUCAGGUGUGCGCAAGUCCACAUUGUUGUUUGCCCUGUGAAAAUGUUAUGUAUUGGCUGUUCACACAGAUUGCUCAUUGAUAUCAUAUAUAGCCUUGACUUAACCAGCAAGAAAGUUGUCCGAAUGGAAUGGCUUCCAGCAAGGGGAAGAGGAGAGAGUACAUUCAUCAAGUCACCGAAUUGAAUUUGUGGUAUUACUACUGUUGGUUGUGUAUAAUGCACUGAAUGUUUCACAAGAUUCUUUGUUUUUUUGGUUUUGGUUGAGACUGGACUGUGCGCCAUGCUUGUCUGCAGAAGGCAGAUUAUUUAACUGAUGAAUCCGAGUGCUUCGCAUGCUGUCAAAUUAGGUUCUUGCGGAAUUAUUGGCUGUCACAAACAAACCGAGAAGGGCAACAAAGCAAGGCCAGAUUUUUCAGGUUUUUCUUUAAAUGUAAAGCUUUCUGUUCCAUUUGAGAAAAACAUUGUAUGCACUUACGAAAAAUUGUUGCUCAAAAAUCAAAAGGCCUGUGUGGUUUCAACAGUGUACAAAUUUAUAGUUACAAAAUAUUCCCCUGACAACCAGUCUUUUAAUGGUUUUAUUGACCUUACAAUCAAUUAAUCUAAGGGUUAGAGGUGUCUCAAAAUAAAGUUCACAGUUCUAAGAACUUGACCAACCUGUUUCAGACAGCUAAAAUGUAAAGCUAUAUCAUUUUAUAUCUUUACCCCUGGUAUUGGUAAUAAAAUUUGUUUUUGUCAGGUCAUUUGCCUCUUAUAAAGAUGGUUGUGGACAAUCGUUGAUGUGGCUCAUGGUUGUCAAACCAUUCUGAAAUGGGAUUGUCCCCAUAGAGCACACAAACCCAUUUCAGAUUAAAAGGCUUAGUGGUUCAAAUGAGUCCUGUUUUUCCCACUCUUUGCUCAGUCAUUUAAACCAAUACAUAGCUGUUCUGACCUCUUGGGUUGAAGCAGAAAAUUGGCAGCCUUUCACAGAUGAAAUGACAUCCUCUACCUUUCUAAGUGACUGGAACAUAUUUCAACCAGUUUGAGUGGUCUCUGCUGUUGCUAGGAAAGAAUGCCUUUCAUUCUUUCAGUAAGAACUGUUUGUCCCUUCAGACCAUGGUCUGCCAGGCUUGUUACCAAUAACCAAUCUGUGUGGAAUUUCUGUGUGCUAGGAAACAAGAAUAUAAUUUUUGUUUUGUUUGUAACUAAAUUAUAAUGGGCCAGCAUAUUAGUUGCAUGUUGCCGUUUUCCUGGGUAAAUGGGUGGACAGAUUGUGGUUAAGCAUGCCACCCCAUAAAUCUGGAACUAAUGCUUUAAAAACUGUACACAAUUGUAUGGGGUCAAUGAAAGUACAUGGGUCUGGGGGUUUGGCAAGCAGUAUGAAAUGUCUCUGUUUAAUUUAUUUCUUAUUUAUAUGAGAAUUUUGUUUGUUUUGCUAUUUCAUUGUGUUGAAGUAGCCUUAAUGAUGGUGCCUAGGCACUGUUAGUUUUGUACAUAUUCAUUCUGUGAUUAGGUGAAUUGGAGUUUCAGACACUGAAAUGAAAAUGUUUAAACAAUAUUUUGAACACUAUCCCUUUUAUUUUCAGCAUAGUAACGUCUUUCUUCCCACUGUAAUUGUCAUGAUGUGCCACAUAGAUCUUUGUUGUUGACAUUGAUGUAGAAAUGCCACAACUCAGAUUUUAAUCCAAUCUUUGUUACUUACUUGGCAUAGUUAAGUGAAUGUCAUUGAUUUUUACAGACUUUCAUAUUUUAGAGCUAGACAUACAGAGUUUUACCCAGUACCAUUUUUCCAAACGAAAGGAAAAAGAACAGUCACACAAGUGUUUUAAAAUUUAAUGGGAAUAAGUCUGGAAUUAGGUCAUUUGAAUGGUUUCUCAUUUCUUCCGACAUUGUUACAUUUCACAAACCUUAACAUCAGAAGAACAUUAAUCUAUGCUGUUCUCACAUCUUUUCUUCAGCCAAAGAAUUUCUAGAAUGUGUUUGCUGGACAGUCAACACAUUAUACCAUUAAAAAUGGAUACUAUUUCCUUGAUAUCUGGACUUUAAGCCUAAUGAUCACAGAAUGGAUGACGGUUUUUUGGAAUUUUGAAAAUGGUAUCUAAAUCUGUUAAAUAGAUGUGUGGGUGUCUAAAAUAUCAACUGUAAAUUUAUGCAGUUAUCGUAGCCAUGAAAUUAUUUUGUGUUUUAUGCUAAAUUGGUGCACAAGUUUUGCAGGUAACUGUUUUGCAUUGCAAUGGUCCUGAUAUGUUCUAGCAAGCAGUGAAUGCAUUUUGUUUAUCCUUAUUACUUUAUGUUUCAGUAAGGAGUUUGAGUUAUUUGCAAGAAUGCUUGGGUGUCAUAAUAACAAAAAUGUAUUUAGCCAGACAAAUUUACAAAGAUAAAUUGAUCAUUUCUGUUUUAUUCUGUUUGACCUGAUUUAAAGUCGCUGGAAUAACUUUGGCAAUCUUUAGGCAGGUGGGCAUAGUGCGCUUUCAGGGAACGGGAUCCAUUUUGAAGAUCCGGAGUUGGCCUUUCAAGAGAAAUAGACCCGAGUAUAGCAAAUAAGUCUGCUAAACCUCAGCUGUGUAUGCAGGUGUACAUGCUUCUCUGAAGAAUAUCGUUUGUGAUCUUAGUUUUUGUCUUCCAUUUGUUUUUCCCUACACAGUGAACACAAAAAAGCAUGUGAUGUGACAUGCUUUUUCCUCUGAAAGUCAUACACCUGUUUUUUGUUUUUAUUUUUGUUUGUUUUUUUUUUUUUUGUUUUUUUUGAACAUACUUACAGCCACCAACCAUAACAAAACGGAUGAAGUCGUUGGUCUUAACUUUUACAGCCAUAUUUAAUAAAUCUUUUUUCAGUAUUUCAAGUCAUGUUCAAUUACACAUUGUGUUACUAUAGUAUCUUGAAUGGCUUUAAGUAUAACAAACAUCUAACAGUAUUAGUCUGAAGACUUUCCCUUUCCCUCUGAAUGAUUAACCUGGAGAAUCAUACUUAUUUCUGUAAAUUUGUUAUAAUACAAUUUUCUUCUUUCAAAGAGAAAUGAAACUGACCAUAUAUUUUGAUAAAUUUUAUCAACAGGUCACAAGUACAAAUUCUAUACAGCAUAUAACUGAAUAGCAAACUGAAACGUAUAUGCAUAAUGAAAUGAAUGCGGAAAACCUGCCUGUUUUUAUAACGGUUGAAUUUUGUCAUAAAGUCAUAUCAUGUGUCAUUUGCAGCAAUUAGGUUAUUCUUUCUGCCUGUAACAUACACUAUUUGUAGCCUUGAGUGUUCAGCAAACUUGAAAUACUUGGUUUUAUCUUUGAUUACAUUUACGAGUUGAAUGUGUGCCACUACAUACGGAUAUAAUGCUGUACAAUAUUUGAAUGGUAAUUAAUCUAUGGCAGUCUGGCUGAAUUAUUUUGAUGUACUGCAUUAUUUUUGAAUUCAUUUUUUAAGUUGUAUAAUUUAUUUUCUGGCAAAAUAAAAAUGUACUGUAAAGAGACUUUA